UCACCUCGCCUCACAUUGCGUUGCGUGCUCUGCCGGCUCCUCUCUCUGUUUCUGCACUUUGGAUCUUGUCAAUUUGCCGACAUUUGGUCCCACUCGCAUACCCAAAAAGAAAUCCUAUCAUUGAUUCUCACAGUCUCACUUUCCAGUUCUUCACUUCUUUUUGGCUCUGCUUCUGAAAAAAACUAGAGCAGAGCAAUGCAUCACUCUUUCAUUUCUGUCUGUAUUUUACUCAUUUCUGUUUUCACUCUUGCAGAUUCUGGUUCUAUUGGAGUAAACUAUGGAAGAAUCGCUGACAACCUUCCGUCAGCAUCCGAAGUGGUGGAACUGCUAAAAUCCCAAGGUCUAAACCGUGUCAAAGUCUACGACACUGACCCGCCUGUUCUCCAUGCUUUAUCCGGCUCCGGAAUCAAGGUUACCGUCAACCUCCCCAAUGAACAACUCUCCAAUGCGGCCCAAAGCUCUUCCUUUGCAAAUUCUUGGGUCCAACGAAACGUUGUCGCUUACCAUCCCCACACUGAAAUCGAAGCCAUUGCUGUUGGUAACGAAGUCUUCGUGGACCCCCACAACACGACCACGUUCCUCGUACCCGCCAUGAAAAAUAUCCAUGAAGCUUUGGUUAAGUUUAACCUUGACUCUGAUAUUAAAGUCUCCUCCCCCAUUGCCCUGUCUGCUCUCCAAAACUCUUACCCUUCUUCAGCCGGAUCUUUCCGACCCGAACUCGUUGAACCCGUUUUCAAACCCUUGCUGGAUUUCCUUCGUCAAACCGGGUCUUUCCUCAUGGUCAAUGCUUAUCCCUUUUUCGCUUACGAGUCAAACACUGACGUCAUCUCGUUGGACUACGCUUUGUUCAGAGAGAAUCCGGGUGUGGUGGAUCAGGGUAACGGGUUGAGGUAUUUCAGUCUUUUCGACGCUCAAAUCGACGCCGUUUUCGUGGCAAUGUCCGCUUUGAAAUACGAUGAUAUCAAAUUGGUUGUGACGGAAACGGGGUGGCCGUCAAAGGGAGAUGAGAACGAGAAUGGUGCGAGUAUCCAAAACGCCGCCGCUUAUAAUGGGAAUCUGGUACGUCGGAUCUUGACCGGUGGUGGGACCCCUUUGAGACCCAAUGCAGAUCUCACUGUCUAUUUGUUUGCCCUUUUCAACGAGAACAAGAAGUCCGGGCCCACAUCGGAAAGAAAUUACGGGCUCUUUUACCCCAACGAGGAAAAGGUUUACGAUGUUCCUUUCACUGUAGAAGGGUUGAAUAAUUACCGGGAUAACCGGUCGCCGGUGGCUGCGAAUCAACUAGCGGCUCCCGUGUCGAAGACUACCACGGGGAAAACGUGGUGCGUUGCGAACGGAGAAGCGGGGAAGGAAAAGCUGCAGGCGGCUCUAGAUUACGCGUGUGGUGAAGGGAGUGCUGAUUGCCAUCCAAUCCAGCCAGGUGCCACGUGUUACGAUCCUAACACCAUAGAAGCCCACGCUUCGUUCGCGUUCAACAGUUAUUACCAAAAGAAAGCGCGCCAGAUGGGAACUUGUUACUUCGGCGGAGCGGCAUACGUCGUCACCCAACCACCAAAGUAUGGCAAUUGCGAGUUUCCCACAGGAUACUGAAGACCAUUAGUACCUAAUUUAGGGUUUAGGUUUUUUUUUGGAUUUUUUUAUAGAUUAUUUGUGCAUUUAAGUUGGAUUUUAUUACGACUACCCUUACCCUUUUAAUCUUUGAAUGGAAUGUAAGAAGUUGAAGACAAUGGCAAAAUGGGCUGGAAUGGUCACUCGCAACAAUAUCUUUUUAAUUUAAA